UUGUUCCUUUCAGAGAGAGAGGAGCUUCGAUCGCUCCUCACUAUUUCCCCGCUAAAUUUAACAACUCCCAUGAGAUCCCUCCAGAUUCCAUUUCCAUCUCUAUCUCUUCCUCCUCCUCCUCCUCCUCCUCUCUCCUCGCCUCUCCAUCUCUGAGAUCCCAAGGAGGAGGAAGCUUGAGGGAGACAGAGGGAGCUCUCCGAGGUGGAGCCAUGGCGGAGGAGGCCGCGCCCUUGGUCGUCGACGUGGAGAACGAGGCGGGAUCCUCGUCUAGGGCGACAAUUCGACGGAACCACGCCCGGGAUGUGCACAUACUCAGCUCCGCUUUCCUCUUCGUCUUCUCCGCCUAUGGCGCCGCCCAGAAUCUGGAGACCACCGUCAACACCGAGGAGGAUCUGGGAACGAUUUCUCUGGGGAUUCUGUACCUCUCGUUCACUCUGUUCUCGGUUGUGGCCUCUGCUGUGGUUAGGGUUUUGGGGUCGAAGAGAGCGCUCGUGCUUGGCACCAGUGGCUACUUGUUGUUCAUCGCGUCCAAUUUGAAACCGUCUUGGUAUACAAUGGUACCUGCUUCACUCUAUCUAGGCUUUACUGCAUCUAUAAUCUGGGUUGGGCAGGGUACUUACCUCACUUCUGCUGCACUCAGCCAUGCAAAAGAUAAUAGUUUGCAUGAAGGGGCCAUUAUAGGGAACUUCAAUGGAGAAUUUUGGGGAAUGUUUGCUAGCCACCAGGUCAUUGGAAAUUUGAUAUCACUUGCCUUGUUGAGAGAUGGAAAAGAAGGGGAUAGUGUGACAGGAAAAACUCUCUUGUUCACUGUGUUCCUUGGGUGCAUGGUUGUUGGUAUAAUUCUUAUGUGUUUCUUAUCCGAAAGAAAUGAGAAGGCAGAUGAUAAUCCAAAGCACUCAUCACUGGGAUCUUUGUUGAAGUAUAUUAUUUCUCCUUUGUUGGACAUACGGAUGCUCCUUAUUAUUCCUCUAAUUGUAUAUUCAGGUCUACAACAAGCAUUUGUGUGGGCUGAAUAUACGAAGGAGAUUGUAACACCUGCACUAGGUAUUUCGGGCGUUGGUGGUGCCAUGGCUGUGUAUGGGGCUGCUGAUGCUGUUUGUUCACUGGUUGCCGGACGGUUCACAUCUGGAGUCCAGUCCAUUACUUUCAUUGUCUCCGGGGGAGUUUUUCUUCAGGCUCUUGUCCUGUUUUGGCUUCUUCUGGGCUAUAGUACAAGUACUGGAGUGCUUGGCUCUGUAUAUCCGCUGCUUAUGGGUGCCAUAUUGGGUAUUGGCGAUGGAGUGUUGAACACACAGCUGAGUGCUUUAUUAGGACUGCUAUUCAAGAAUGACAAGGAAGCGGCUUUUGCGCAACUGAAGGUGUGGCAAUCGGCUUCUAUUGCAGUCAUUUUCUUCCUCAGUCCGUACAUCACGUUACAAGCGAUGCUGAUUCUGAUGGUCGCCGUGCUUUGCGUUUCGGUUGCUGGUUUUCUCUUUCUUACUAUUGUGGUCGAGAGAUCCUUCGCACCUAAAUCUUGACCGGUGCCGGCUGAAGUCAUUCAACACAAAACUAUUCAAUUUGGUCACUGAUUGCUCCUCUUCAAAAAAAAAGAAAAAAGAAAAAAGAACAUGUUGUUCGAUUCAACCUUUUCAAAUGUCAAUGUAUAGUAAUUUAUGUUUAAUAUCUUAAAUUGUUGUGUGAGAUUAUAGAGCACCAACUUGUUUAAGCUUCUAAAUCUUCCCAAAUUUAUUAUCUGUCCCCUUAUUUUUACACUCCACUAAGGAAGGCUCGGAAACUAUAAUCAGGGUAUAUGAGAUUUAACACAGUGAUCUUACAGAGGACAAUUACUUAGA